AUGAAUGAGUUUCGAAGCUGGAUUUCUGACAAUGGCUUGGUUGAGGCUGAUGCCAUUGGUAAGAAAUAUACUUGGUCUAAUUGUCGAAGUGGAGCUCAAAGAAUUGUUUCUAAACAUGAUAGAGCGGUUGUUAAUGAUUCUUGGUGCUAUAAAUAUGCCAAUUGGAGAUGUAAGGCCUUGCCUAGGGUUUGUUCGGAUCAUUCCCUCCUAUUUGGGUUUGCUUUUGAAAAUCCAAAGCCCGCUAGAGUUCCUUUUAGAAUUCAGAAAAUGUGGCUUUCCCAUCCAGAUUUUAUGAGGCUGGUUGAGGAGAACUGGAAUUUGGAGCUUAAUGUUGCGGAUGCCAAAAAGGUUGUUGAUGAUGUGAGAACGGAGUUGGCAGUUAUUCUUAAGAUGAAGUCGAGAGUAACUUGGUUGGAGGAUGGUGACCAGAAUACUCGUUUCUUUCAUAAUAGCAUCCGUUUGAGGAGAAGUCAAAAUACCAUUUCAGAACUUAAGGUUUCUAAUGACACUACUUUGUUUUUGCAGGAUGAGAUAAAGGAUUUCAUUUUUAAUCACUAUCAGUCCAAGUUCAAUGGUGGUGACGUUAAUAUUGAUCCAUCUAUUUUUGAUAUUGAUCAUGAGAGUAUUUCAUCUGCUGAAAGUGCAUUCAUGGAUGCUAUUCCGUCUUUAGAGGAAGUUAAAGUGGCGGUUUUUGAUUUGGGAGAUGAUUCUGCGCCUGGCCCGGAUGGAUUCACAGGUUCUUUCUAUAGACAGUGUUGGGACAUUAUUUCUAGAGAUCUUUUUAAUGCCAUUGCAAACUGUUGGGCUAUGCGUAAAAUUCCCAAUGGCAUUAACUCUAGUUUUAUUGUUCUUAUUCCGAAAAAUAACAAAUCUGAUGUUAUUAAAUAUUAUCAGCCAAUUGGCUUGAGUAAUUUUUUUUUCAAGAUCAUUACUAAGAUUAUGGCUACCAGGCUUGGUACUGUGUUAAAUAAGCUGAUAUCUGAAGAGCAAGUGGAGUUUAUGAAGGGUAGAAAUAUACAUAAAAAUAUUGCAUUGGCGUGUGAGUUGAUCAAUGAGAUCAGCACAGAAAGGAAGCAUGGUAAUGUUGGCCUCAAGCUGGAUAUUGCUCAAUCCUUUGAUACGGUUAGAUGGGAUUUCAUAGCUGAAAUUUUUCGUCAAUAUGGCUUUUCUAAUUCUUGGUGCACAGGUAAUCUUCAUAGUUUGCAAAAUUUGAAGAAUAUGUUGGUUUUGUAUCAACAUGCGUCUGGACAGUGCGUAAACUAUGCAAAGAGCAAGUUCUAUUACGGAGGUGGUACACUUUCUCGUGCUAUUGCUAUUUCUAACUAUUUGGGUAUGGAAAGAGUUAUAUUUCCGGAUAAAUACUUAGGUAUUCAAUUGAAACCUGGUAUUGUUCGUCAUAUUCAUGUUCGCCAAGUUGUUGAAAAGAUUAUGGACAAGCUGGCUGGAUGGAAAGGUAAGCUUUUAUCUUUUCAGGCGAGACUUGUGAUAAUUAAAUCGAUUAUUUCUAGAUAUGUUAUUUAUUCUAUGGAUAUUUAUAAAUGGCCAUGCACGGUUAUUAAGCAAGUUGAAAGGGCCAUUAGGAAUUUUCUUUGGUCUGGUGAUGCUGAGAAACGAAAAUACUUUACCGUUCUAUAUGAUGAUCUAUGUCUCUCGAAGCGUGAAGGUGGCCUUGGUAUUAAGAAGUUGAAUGAUGUUAAUAGGGAAAUUCUAAUGAAGCUUUGGAUUUCUAUUCGGGACUCAAACAAGAUUUGGGCCAAAUUUUUGAGGGCAAAACUUGGAAUCACUUCCAAAGGCCCUAAUGGUUUUAGGGCUAAAGUAAGUGAUAUUAUUGUUGAUGGAGCUUGGAGCAUUCCUCAGAAAACUAGAGAUUUGAUGAUUCGAUGCAAUAUUGACGUUGAUGAUUUGCCAAUUAUUGCUGGUGGUGAAGAUUAUACAAUUUGGGAUUUAGAUAGCAAAGGCGUUUUUUCAGCCAAAUCGGCUAAGGCCGCUAUUAAAGUGCCUGCGGAAGUUGUGCCUACUGCGGCUCUUUUUACCAGGCAGGUUGUGCAUCCUACCUUAAUUGUACAAUACUGGAAGAUUUGA